UUCUUAGAGGCUCAGAUCAGAGGACUAAAUGAUUCGCAUCUUAAGACCAUUUGUUUCUCGUCCGCCAGUUGAAUAACACGCUUAAUUUGCAAACAUGGCAUCCGCCGGUGUUUUGUUCGUUGUGAAAAUCUUGAUCUUCAUUUCACUGAUUAGCGCAGCAUGCUGCCUCCGCUGCACCACCUGUCGAGAUAAGACUGCCGGCUGGGACGAAUGUGUCGCCCAAAACAAGUCCGUCGAAUGCACCAUUGAGAAGGUGAACGGAAUGCACAACGCUAUGUCCAGGGACAAUCACGGUUUGCUAGAGUUCGACGUGGACCUGGAAGAGAGCGCCACUUUCAGUUGUUUUACGAUUGAAUCGAAUAUGGCACGGGGUGACGCUAGCCAACGAGUUCUGGUGGCCGGAUGCACACUAGAGACGGUGGAAUUUUGUAAGGGGUGGUCGUCGAAUGUUGAGAUUACUCGUUGCGGUACGUGCAAGACAACUGGCCUAUGCUCCUCCGGUGGUGAUAGAAAUGUGAUUGAAAGAAUGUUGGCGGGAGUGAGUGUUUUGGGAGCAGUGAUCGCGCUACGUAGAUUGUUUUAAUCGAAUUAAAGUAUAGUAUUCAAUAUAGAAUUCGGCAUCUAUUCACGGUUUUGCAUAGAAUCUCUCUUGCUUUGAUGUUCUCGACAACACACAUCUCCGUCGAUGUACAAGAUGAUAAUAGCAUUGUGAAUUAAUUCAGAUUAUUUAGUGCUAGGAGUGAGUGUUGUGAGAGCAGUGAUAGCGUUGGGUAAUGGGGUAAUAUUUAUAUGGUAAUUUAUACUAAGUAUAUUGUGCAUUUUUAUAUAAAACAUGAAUAUUUUGAAAUUUGUGGAGCCUUCCAAUCGAUUAUUUUGAGCAGACAUAAAAGUGCAUGAAUGAGUUGUCAGCCGGUUUUCCUGGAUAACGUGUUGAAAAGUCUAAGAAGAUUGAUAGAAAGUUUUUUUGUUUGUUUACUUUGAAAAUGAUAACAGAAGCAGUAAUCAACUAAACUCGAAUGGUGUUUUAGAAGAAGUUACAGAUUCUUUCUUUUUUCGGUGCUCAUGAUAACAUUUGGUUUCUCACCUCGCGUCUAGUGUUCAAUCAGAUUAUAUUAGCAUUGCAGAUUUAUUCGGAUAAUUUGGGUGAUAAACUCAUGCCGACUGCUGUAUAUCUGAGAUUUUGUACCUAAUAAGAAGCGAGAGAACCUCACUACAAACCCAUUGAAAAUGGGCGAUGUCGCAAUCGGCAUAGUGAUUCCGCCGACUUUUUGAUAUACAAGAAGACGACUUCCGGUUUGUAAAAAAACCUUUUUAUCCUCACGGAGUUUGACAAGUAUGUACGAUUGUACGCGUCAACUAGCACAUAAGAAGUGAUUUUUCUUUCUUACUGGACUUUUCACAAAUAGUUUUAUCUGGGUUGCCGUACGACACAAAUGUUCAUCAAUAAUACCGUUUACUUUUAUUCAAAGAAUCUAAAAGCGCGACAAAUGCCGUUCAACUUUUAUUGUUACAAUAAGCAUGCUCAUAAGAGAUCAUUCUAUCCCAGUGUAUUAUUUUUGCAAUGAUUUUUGCAAUUCGGCUUUGUCCAAAAAAUAUUUUAAUCAAGUGCACCGUUUAACCAUAAAACUGGCCGAAUAUUGAAAGCCAGCCAUCCAUUCUUAUUUUUAUUUGACUGACUACCAAAUACAUGUGCUCAAAUUUUCAAAAAUAGACGAACAAGUUAGAAGAACUAUAAACUAAGUUAGUUACAUAUGCGUAUAAUAGUUUCAGAAGUUUGAAUCUUGCACAAUAUUGCGCAAGCCAAAACCCGAUAUGACACAUUCCACGCGUACGUUUUGCGCAAUCAAA